UGAGCGGAGAGCAGUAGUCUCUGAGCAGCGAGGAGGGAAGCAUCGAGUCAGACCGCAGCUCUGUUCCGGACGCUAUGAGGAGCUAACCUGUAGCAGCCACCUGGAGGCCCCGGGAGCCCGGCGGACAGGACAUGGGCCCCAGCGGGGGGAGGAGGGGCGCAGGGGGGCUGCUGCUGCUGCUCUGUGUGAGCUCCACCGUGGGUCAUGGUCUCACCACAACCCCCACAUCCAGUUCCCCGCCAGCGAGUGGCGACCGUGCAGCGCCUACACCGUCAGUGUCCAUGGCAACGCCUACGACCGCUCUACCAUCAGUCUCCGUGACAACACAUGCACCCUCUGUGUCCGAACCCUCUUCGUACGUGGGAACAACACCUCAAAGGGCAUCGGUCUCCACGGGAACCCAGACUCCCUCUGACGCAUCUACACAGUCAGUUUCCAUGACAACAACACCUGCUUCCCCAACGCCCGUCUCCACGGAGACGUCACCAUCUGUACCGACGCAGGAUGUAUUAGGCCCCAGAUCUGUGGCCACUGGGGAGCCAGGGACCGCAACGUCUGAAACCACGGAAACAACGCCGGUGUCCACAACAAACACACCAACAACUCCAGCUCCAAUUAUUCCAAAUGCAGAGCAAUUCACAGCCGUGAACCAAACGGAGUCGAGCAUCACCCUGAAAUGGAGAGUGCCAGCGAACGCCACCCUCAACAGCUUCAACUACACCCUGCAGUUUGAGGAGAACAGUACGACCAUAAUAGGAGGUCCUGCUGGGAUCAUGAGCUACACUGUCGAAGGUCUGGAACCCGCCAGGUGGUACAAUUUCACCCUCUACACCAAGGAGCAGGCGCACAGCAGCUCUGGGGUCAGCAUCAGGGCUCCAACUGCUCCUGAAGGAACGGGCAGUGUGCGGGCGGUGGGCCAGAACUCCAGCAGCAUACGCCUGCAGUGGAGUGCGGUGCAGAACGUCUCCGCCUACCUGGUGGAGUACAGCGACGGCGAGGGGGGCCGCGGCACCAGCGUGGUGGGGGCGCUGGCGGGGCAGGCGUGGGUCGACCACACGGAGUCAGCUCUGAGCCCGGCCACCAGCUACACGUUCACCGUCUACAGCCGGCUGGAGAACGUCAGCAGCUCUGGAACCUCCGUCCACGCAGUCACCGCUCCGCUAGCGGUAACCAUGGUGACCGUGAGGCCGUCCCUGAGGGAGGUGGAGCUGAGGUGGAGCAAGGAGGCUAAGUCGAGCUACGUCCUCCUCUUCGGUAAUCAGACCAUCAGCCUCAAGGCGACAGAGGCCUCCCACACCGUCACCCUCCUGCAGGAGGGGACGCGCUACGACUACAGCCUCAUCGCCACCUACGGGGGGGUCAACAGCUCCACCUACAAGAACUACGCCGUCACCACCAUAAACUGUUCGGCUGUGGAGUGGAGGGUCACCGACUCGACCAUCAAGGCCUCCAUCGUGGGAGCAUUCAGUCACGUCUCGGCCAGUAACGGAACAGGGUCCCACAGCGCCACCCCGGAGCCCCCAGACUGCACCGUGCUGCUCACCGGUCUCUACCCGGGGGCCACCUACGCCCUGAUGGUGAAAUACCAGACCUUCGAGCAGUGUCAGCACAACCUCACCCUACCUCCACCAGACAUCAGCGCCCGUUGUGUCUGCGGGGGGGCGAGCACCAUCGUGGUGCACUGGGCUCAGCCGGCGGGCGUGUGGUCGGGCGUGGAGGUGAACGUGGUGGGUGGAGAGACGGUGACUCACCCAGACAGGGGGGAGCUCUCCACCUCUCUGAGCGGGCUCCAGCCGGCCAGGACCUACCAGGUCACCGCCUGCCUCUUGUCUGGACCCCGAAGGAGCGCGGUCCAAACCCUGGACUGUCGUACUGACGCUACAGGGGUCGUCGCCGGGUCUGUGUCGUCCGUGCUGCUCGUACUGCUCCUGGUCGCUCUGGGAGUGUUCUUCUGUAAGCGGAGAAGACCAAAGCCCAUCCGUCGGCCUGACUUCCUGGGCUGGUCCACACCUUCGGAUACCUACAAGCCCAUCCAAGCGGAUCUGUUUGAGGACCACGUCCAGAAGAUGAGCCGGGACGAUAACCGGGGUUUCAGCGAAGAGUACGAGAACUUCAUCCCUGUCGGUACGGAGAACACCUGUAAGGCAGCCACCUUCCCAGACAACAAGGUCAAGAACCGCUUCACCAACGUGCUGCCGUAUGACUGGUGCCGGGUGGAGCUCUCCCCGCAGAUCGAGCAGGAGAACUCGGACUACAUCAAUGCCAGCUACCUGCCGGGUUACAGCGGCAGCAGAGAGUACAUCGCGGCGCAGGGUCCCCUGGCCGGGACCCUGGACGACUUCUGGAGGAUGGUCUGGGAGCAGGGCGUGAGGGCCAUCGCCAUGGUAACCAACUGCAUCGAGGGAGACAGGCCUAAGUGUGAGCAGUACUGGCCCCUGGACUACACUCCGUGUCUGUACGGAGACCUCCUGGUGACCAGCGCCUCAGAGCAGACUCAGCCCCACUGGACCAUACGAAGCUUCACCGUCAAAAACAGGGCCACCUCCGAGCAGCGCUCCGUCCAACACUUCCACUUCAGGGCGUGGCCCGACCACGGCGUUCCCGAGGGCACCUGGCCGCUGCUCCAGUUCCGGGAAUUGCUACGGCGCCACAUCGAGCAGGAGGGGGACGGGUCUCCCACCCUGGUGCACUGCAGUGCGGGUGUGGGCCGGACCGGCACGCUGGUCGCGCUAGACGUGCUGCUGCAGCAGCUGGAGACGGAGGCGGUGGUGGAUGUGGCGACGUUCGUCCACAAGAUGAGACUCUCCCGCCCCCUCAUGGUGCAGACCGAGUCCCAGUACGUGUUCCUGCACCACUGCCUCCUGGAGGCCAUGCAGGGACGGGAAGCUGAAGACGAGCACACGUACCAGAACCUGACCUACACCAACGCAACCGCACUCCAACAACUGCCCCACAAGAUUUCCAGCGUCUGAACUGUGGUUCGAUUCCCCGAACAACGGUGUGAAUUCGAUUCACACCCUCAGCAGCAAUUUUGAUUAUCCUCCGUACACAAUCCUUAUUGUGUAUAAAUCUUUUGUGUUAUAACUCUGCUAUACUCCAAUGUUUCAAGUUUUUCAAUGGCUUGAUUAAAGGCUGUUUGAAUAUGC